GAAGAAGAAGAAGAAGUUUGUUUACCGCCAGUUCAAAAUGGAGCCGAACUCGGAGGAUAACCCAUCCCUGACUGCUGCGUUACUUUGCUCCAUUUUAAGCCUGAAUGUGCCUCCAGCGUUUGGUAACCAGAUGUUCGAGCUGUAUCAGCUCCAGACGGCGCUCCUGAGGCGGAGGAGGGUGCGGGAGAUGAUGGAGAGGGACCGGCGGCGGCGGCAGUAUCUGCGGAGGAGGAGAGCCUUCCUGCUGUCCUCCAUCGCCGGUAUUCUGAGUCUCAUCACCUCCACCAAUAGACCCAUCUGGGUCCGGAACCGAAGCCCCGGACAGAACUUCUGGUCAACGGCGGAAUUGUUUGACGAUGAAGAGUGGAAAGCGCAGUUUCGCGUGUCCCGGGCGACCUUCGACUACCUGGUCGAACUGAUCGGCCCGAUUAUUAAACGCCGCAGGACGAACUACCGCGUUCCCAUCGAGCCGCGCCGCAGACUGGCCAUCACCCUGUGGUGGUACGCCCGGGCCGAGGAGUACCGCUCCAUCGCCAACAUGUUCGGCGUGGGAAUAGCGACAGUGUGUAUAAUUGUGCGUCAGGUCACUUCGGCCAUAGUGGACCGUCUGUAUCACCGCUUCGUGUCGCUUCCGAGCGGACAGCGGCUGGACGACACCAUGAGAGCCUUCCAGCAGCGCUGCUACCCGCUGUGUGCCGGGGCCAUAGGCGGGACUCACAUCCCCAUCGCUCCUCCGAGGGACAACCCGGACCACUACAUCAACAAGAGAGGCUGGCACUCCGUCAUCCUGCAGGCUGUGGUCGACCACAACGUUUGUUUCACUGAUGUGUACGCUGGCUGGCCUGGAAGUACCUGCAGUGCCACAGUGCUGUCCAGCUCUGACUUGUACCUGAAAGCAGAGGACCGCCCAGAUGGUUACCUGUUCCCCAGAGAGAAGUCAAUCCUGUUCGACGGGGUGGAGAUCCCCGUCCACCUCAUCGGCGACACGUCGUUCCCCUUGAAGCCGUGGCUGAUGAAAGGAUACAGCCAGGAGCACCAGCUGUCUCUGGAGCAGCGUCGUUUCACCUACACGCUCACCUCCGCUCACUCGGUGGUCGACACGGCUUUCACUCAGCUGAAAGGACGAUGGAGGUGCCUGCUGAAAAAGACCGACAUCGACAUCUCGAUGAUGCCGAGAGUCGUCGCCGCGUGCUGCGUUUUACACAACAUCUGUGAACAUCAGGACGACUGUUUCCUUCCUGAGUGGAACGCUGAGAUUGCGCCUCCUGCUAAUCAUUUAAUACAGCCUGACACAGAACCAUAUGAUGGAGACGCGUACUGCACUGCUGAGGUCAUCAGAGACACAAUUACUUAUAACCUGUUGACUAUACUGGACUACUGAACCCAAAGACUACUCAACCAAAGAUUAAGUUUUUAAAACUUUGUUAAAGCCUGCAGGGGAAAAGUGACAGCAGCUCAGUAAAGAUCCAGAUAAAUACUCAUUAUUCCAACAGCGUUGAGGUUUGGCUGUAGAGAUGUAAAAGUAAAACAGAGUUGUGAAGUGUGAGGAGGUAUUUGAGGCGCACCUGGUUCGAGCCAUAAAAGUCUCCUACAUUUUUUUCAAAUGACUCACAGUUCUCGUUCUUUUACAGUUUAGAUCAACAUGAAACUCUCCUGAUUGAAUUAUCAAACAGAAGAUGGACAACUAUGUUAGAAAAUACCUGGUUCUUUGAUAAAAAUAAAAAGAAAGUCGGAGCUACAAGCCUGUGGACGUAAAAACCAAAGGGGAGAAGUCAACUACGACUCCCAAGAUGCAUUUCAGCAAGAAACAUCCAAUCACAGAGCUUAAAAUUCAGGAUCAAUUUUGAAUAAAUUCAGUGACCAUGGUGAUGUGUUUUCCUUGCAAAUUCAACAAUGAAGCGUUUUGAAUUCAUACCUCCGACUGACCUCUUCUCCAUAGCAACAGCAGCUGAGGUUCAUGGGUACUGUAGUAUUUAGAGCCUUCCACCAAACUGACAGAAGAAGCCUGAUUUCUCAGAAAGUAAUAUUUGUAAAUGUAAAUAAUUAAAACAGAUGCUCAGAACAGAAACAUGUAUGAUGGUUACAAUAGCCAGGAGAGUCCUGAGUUUGUAAAGAAACAUUUGAAUUUAUAUAACAGAAUGUGUAAAAACACAGCUCCUCACACUUCACUUCUCUAACUCUGGAAUAAAGAGCUUUAACUUGA